AACCACCUGUUUACUAGUUUGACUUCAAUUAUUUUGGACCCGCUGGGAUGGAAGCGUGCUCGGACAAAGGAAGGACUUAUUGUGGCCUCUCAAAGGAUCGUAAUCCACUAAAAGUCAUGUCAUGGCCCCUGCCGCUGUUAUUAUUAACUUUAAUUUGUGUGAAUCAGAAAACAACUGUUGGUCAGACUCUGAACACGUUCCAGUCAGAGAGGAGGGACUGGUCUCUGAACCACCUGACAGUGCACCAGUCCACCGGAGCUCUGUAUGUGGGAGCGGUCAAUCGCAUUUACAAGUUAUCCUCAAAUCUUACCCUGCUGGUCUCCCAUGACACUGGACCAGAGUAUGACAACAAAGCCUGUUACCCUCCUCUUAUUGUCCAGCCCUGCUCUGAGCCACUCUCCUCCACAGACAAUGUAAAUAAACUGUUGCUCAUUGACUACUCACACAAUCGGCUGCUGGCCUGUGGAAGUCUGUACCAGGGGGUCUGCAAACUCAUGAGGCUGGAUGACCUGUUCAUCCUUGUAGAGCCCACACAUAAGAAAGAACACUAUCUGUCCAGUGAUAACCAGACUGGGACUAUGUUUGGGGUGGUGGUGCCCUCUCAAGGCCAAGAUGCUACUUUGUAUAUAGGUACUGCUGUUGGAGGCAAACAAGAUUAUUUUCCAACCAUCUCCAGCCGUAAGCUUCCUCGUGACCCAGAAUCCUCUGCUAUGUUGGACUAUGAGCUUCACACUGACUUUGUGUCAUCUCUCAUUAAAAUUCCUUCGGACACUCUGGCUCUUGUACCACACUUUGAUAUCUACUACAUCUAUGGGUUUGCUAGUGGCAGCUUUGUCUACUUCAUGACUGUACAGCCGGAGACCCCUGAGAAUGGGAUGCCCGCUGGCAGCUCCCCCGGUGACCUGUUUUACACCUCCCGAAUCAUCCGCCUCUGCAAAGGUGACAAGAAGUUCCAUUCAUACGUGUCGCUCCCGGUGGGCUGCAUGCACAGAGGUGAAGAGUACCGGCUGCUGCAGGCAGCGCACCUGUCAAAGGCAGGUCGAGUCCUGGCGCGGGCUCUGAACAUCAGUGCUCAGGAAGAUGUGCUGUACACAGUCUUCUCUAAAGGGCAGAAACAGUACAAUGACCCUCCGGAUCACUCUGCCCUGUGCGUGUUCACCAUACAAGACAUCAACACUCGGAUCAAGGAGCGGCUGCAGUCCUGCUACCAGGGCGAGGGCCACCUGGAGCUGCACUGGCUGCUGGGGAAGGACGUCCAAUGCACCAAGGCUCCUGUUCCCAUCGAUGACCAUUUCUGUGGCCUGGACAUAAACCAGCCCUUAGGGGGGUCCCAGCUGGUGACAGGGCACACUGUGUUCACUGAGGGACGGGACAGACUGACCUCUGUCACCUCCUACAUCUACAAUGGGCACAGCGUGGUUUUUCUGGGGACCAAGAGUGGACGCAUCAAAAAGAUCCGUGUGGAUGGUCUUCGGGAGCAAAGCGUCCUGUAUGAGACAGUGACUGUGAUGAAGGAGAGCAGCCCCAUCCUGCGGGACAUGGCUUUCUCAUUGGACCGGAGCUCUCUCUAUGUCAUGUCCAACAAUCAGGUGGCCCAGGUUCCAGUUGAGGCCUGUGAUCAGUACGUCACCUGCUCCGAGUGUCUGAGCUCUGGAGAUCCACACUGCGGCUGGUGUGUCCUCUACAACAUGUGCUCCAGGAGGGAUCGCUGUCCGAGGUCUGAUGAGAUGUACCGCUUCGCCACCGACAUUGACCGCUGUGUGAAGGUCAUCUCUCAUCCCGACAGCAUUGCGGUAUCAGCACACAGCGUUCCACUGCUGCUGGAGGUGAACAAUGUGCCUGACCUUUCUGCUGGGAUCACGUGCUCCUUCGGACAGCAGGCGCAGGUGGAAGGACACGUGAAUGGGAACAGGGUCAUGUGUCUGUCUCCUGCAGGGAAAGAGGCUCCGCACAUACCUGAGGGACAAGACUGGGCUGGUAUAGAGCUGCAACUAAACUCAAAGGAGACGGGACAAAUGGUGGGCAGCACUGAGGUGAAGUUUUACAACUGCAGCACCCACAGAACGUGUCUGUCUUGUGUAAGCAGCACUUUCCGAUGCCACUGGUGUAAAUAUCGCAACCUGUGCACUCACGACCCUAGCAGCUGUUCCUUUCAAGAGGGCAGGGUCAACGCUACAGAGGACUGUCCCCAGCUCCUUAACUCCGGGCAGAUCCUGAUCCCGGCUGGAGAGGUGCGGCCCAUCACUCUGAAAGCGCGUAACCUACCCCAGCCCCAGUCGGGUCAGAGGGGGUAUGAGUGUGUGGUGCAUGUGCAGGGGACCAGCCACAGAGUCACUGCCCUACGCUUCAACAGCACCAGCGUACAGUGCCAGAACAGCUCGUACAUGUACGAGGGUGUGAAGAUCAGUGACCUGGCAGUGGACCUCUCUAUUGUAUGGAACGGCAAUUUCAUCAUCGACAAUCCCGAGAAGAUUAAAGUAAACCUGUACAAAUGCAGUGCCCAGAGGGACAGCUGUGGGAUGUGUCUUCGUGCUGACAGGAAGUUCCAGUGCGGCUGGUGCAGUGGUGAGGGCAAGUGCACCCUGAAGCAGCACUGCGCCCCCCUCUCUCCCUACGCCAGUCGAUGGUUGGACCUGUCUGCCCGGAGUGUCAAGUGCACCAACCCACGCAUCACCGAGGUGAGCCCAAUCGCAGGGCCACUUGAGGGGGGCACGUUGGUGACAAUCCAGGGCCUGAACCUCGGGCUGUCAUUCUCUGAACUGGAGGGAAACGUGGAGGUGGCAGGAGUCCAGUGUACACCACAAGAAGAAGGCUACAUCACAGCAGAACAGAUUGUGUGUGAGAUGGCAGCAGCCCCUAGAGGAAGUGUGCCGGGCCCAGUGAUGCUGUGUGUUGGCCAGUGCAGACCUGAACUACGCGCACAGUCCUCCCAGAUCUACUCCUUUGUGACCCCUUCAAUGCUGGCACUGACCCCAGGCAGAGGCCCCGAGUCAGGGGGUACUAAAGUCACCAUUGUGGGGGAGAAUCUGGGAGCUGGAAGCACUGUUAAUGUGUACUUUGGCAACCAGACCUGUGAAUUGUACCGGAGGAGUAUGUCAGAGAUAGUGUGCUUCUCUGCACCAUCACUGAUGGGGGCGGGGCCAGUUCAGGUCUCUCUGACCGUGGACCGAGCUAAAGUACCUGGGAGUCUGGCCUUUGAGUACAUAGAGGAUCCAACUGUCCAACGCAUUGAACCACUCUGGAGUAUUACCAGUGGGCACACCACGCUAACGGUCACAGGAACAAACCUAGAUGUGGUCCAAGAGCCACGUGUCAGAGUCAAAUACGCUGGCCACGAAUCUGUCAAUGUAUGCAAGGUGCUGAAUCGGACCACUAUCAGCUGUUUUGCCCCCUCCCUGAAGGCGGAGUACUCUACAGACCAGGAGACCAUCAAACAUGUGGACGAGUUUGGCUUUGUGUUUAACAAUGUCCAGGCUCUGCUCACGUACAACAACACCAGCUUUGUGUACUACCCCAACCCUUACCUUGAGCCCCUCAGCCUGACAGGGGUCUUGGAGCAGAAACCUGGAGCUCCUAUCAUUCUCAAAGGCCGUAACCUUGUGCCAUCUGCAUCGGGAGGGGCCAGGCUCAACUACACAGUGCUGAUUGGAGACACACCAUGUUCUCUGACAGUCUCUGACACACAGCUGCUCUGUGAACCUCCAAAUCUCACCGGACAGCACAAAAUCCUGGUACAAGUAGGAGGUCUCCACAUCUCCCCAGGUGAAGUGCACAUCCGCUCAGAUAGUCUUCUUACGAUGCCCGCCAUAUUCAGCAUCGCAGCCGGAGGGGGGCUGCUCCUCAUCAUUGUGAUCAUGGUGCUGCUGGCCUACAGGCGCAAGUCCCACGAGAAUGACUUGACAUUGAAGAGGCUGCAGAUGCAGAUGGAUAACCUGGAGUCCCGUGUCGCCCUCGAGUGCAAGGAAGCCUUUGCAGAGCUCCAGACAGACAUUAACGAGUUGACCAGUGACCUCGACCGUGCUGGCAUCCCGUACUUGGACUACCGCACUUACGCCAUGAGAGUCCUCUUCCCCGGCAUUGACGAUCACCCUGUGCUCCGAGAGCUGGAGGUGCCGGGGAGCGGACAGGUGGGUGUGGAGAAGGCUCUGAAACAGUUUGCUCAGCUGGUGAAUAACAAGGUGUUCCUCUUGACGUUCAUUCGGACCUUGGAGCUGCAGCGGUCUUUCUCAAUGCGUGACCGAGGUUACGUGGCAUCUCUCAUCAUGACCGCUCUGCAAGGACGCCUGGAGUAUGCCACCGACAUCCUUAAACAUCUGCUGUCUGACCUCAUUGAGCGCAACCUGGAGAGCAAGAACCACCCCAAACUACUCCUGCGCAGAACCGAGUCGGUGGCAGAGAAGAUGCUGACAAAUUGGUUUGCCUUCUUGCUCCACAAGUUUCUCAAGGAGUGUGCUGGAGAGCCCCUCUUCAUGCUGUUCUGUGCCAUCAAGCAACAAAUGGAGAAGGGACCCAUUGACUCCAUCACAGGAGAGGCACGCUACUCCCUGAGCGAGGACAAACUCAUCCGACAACAAAUCGAAUACAAGACGCUGACACUGAGCUGUGUGAAUCCAGACAAUGAGAACAGCCCUGAGAUCCCUGUCAAGGUGCUCAACUGUGACACCAUCACGCAGGUGAAGGAGAAGAUCCUGGAUGCCGUCUACAAGAACAUGCCAUAUUCACAGAGGCCGAGGGCUGCAGACAUGGAUCUGGAGUGGCGUCAGGGCAGGACAGCCCGAGUGGUCCUUCAAGACGAAGACAUCACAACAAAGAUCGAAAGUGACUGGAAGAGACUGAACACACUAUUGCAUUAUCAGGUGUCGGAUCGCUGUGUAGUGGCCCUGGUGCCUAAACAGAUGUCUUCUUUCAAUAUUCCCUCAUCAGCCAGCUUCCCUCGCAGCAUCAGCAGAUAUGGUGUGGAUGUUCCGUUCCGGUCCACCCCCACCAGUCCGGACAGCCCCCACUCACGGGUGCCCAUGCUGACCCCUGAUUUGGAGAGUGGAGUCAAAGUCUGGCAUUUGGUGAAGAAUCACGAUCACGGUGACCAGAAAGAAGGAGAGAGAGGCAGCAAAAUGGUGUCAGAAAUCUACCUGACCAGGCUACUGGCCACAAAGGGCACACUACAGAAGUUUGUGGACGAUUUAUUUGAGACUCUCUUCAGCACUGUGUGUCGAGGCACUGCUCUGCCUUUAGCCAUUAAGUACAUGUUCGACUUCCUGGACGAGCAGGCAGACCGACAUGGCAUUCAUGACAUGGACGUGCGCCACACCUGGAAGAGUAACUGCCUUCCCCUGAGGUUCUGGGUAAACGUAAUAAAAAAUCCACAGUUUGUGUUUGACAUCCAUAAAAGCAGUAUCACAGACGCCUGUUUAUCAGUGGUGGCCCAAACGUUUAUGGACUCCUGUUCCACUUCUGAGCACCGACUCGGCAAAGACUCACCUUCCACCAAACUACUGUAUGCUAAAGACAUCCCACAUUACAAGAGCUGGGUAGAACGGUACUACGCUGACAUCAGCCGGCUCCCUGCCAUCAGCGAUCAGGAUAUGAAUGCCUAUCUGGCUGAACAGGCGCGCCUCCACUCCAGCGAGUUCAAUGUGCUCAGUGCGCUUCAUGAGAUCUUCACCUACGUUAGCAAGUACAGCCAAGAGAUCACCGAGGCACUGGAGCAUGAUGAACAAGCCCAGAAGCAGAAGCUGGCAUAUAAAGUGGAGCAGAUCAUCUCCGCUAUGUCUGCAGAGAGCUGAGAGCUGUACACUGCACCACAAGUCAAAUACAGUCUUACACCUACACUGAUGUUUACUAGUGAAACCCAUUGUUGUGGCUAUUUGACAUUUCACAGUUUACAAGUACAGGAUGCAUUAAGGCAGUGCAUUGGACAAUAUCAUUUAUACACAAAGCCAAUGCUGGGGCCACUAACAUAAAGGUUUAUGACUCAGAGUAGUCAUCAUUGGCAUGGCUUGUCUUUGU